AUGACACACGAGUUUUCAAUUGAACAUCAUUGGGUCACCUCCAACAUGGCUGCAUAUUCCAGAGUAGAGAAGGAAUGGCAUGAAGUGAUAUAUACCUUUUUCUCUGAUUCUAUUGAUGACAAUUAUGAUCACAAUGAUGAAAAAAGAAUGGUUGAUCAUCCUGGAUUUCACCUUUCUAAUUCGACUGAUGAUGAUGCAAUGCAGCCAAGAUCACCCAGCUCACAUUCAAUUGCCACUCAGUACACAUGUGAACUGGUGGAGAUGCUGGACCACAUCCAAGAUCAAGUAGUGUUCCUUCAAGAUGAACUAUGUGGAUGUAACAAAGAACACGAACGUACAUGUAUACACUAUGAAGAGGAGCUCAAAAGGUAUCGUGAUUGUAUUGAUUCCUUAGAGGAACAGGCGAUAUACCAAAAGACUGUUAUGGAUGUGACAGAUGAAGAGGUUGAUAUAUUGGAGGGAGAAAUGGAGAUGAUGAGGAGGAAGCUUUGGGAGGUCGUUGAGCUUGUACAAGCAGACAUCAUUGAGAGGAACAUAUCCAUCAAAGUAUUGAAAAUUUGUCUACUCAAUAUCGUCUAUCACACAUAUGUUUAA